AUGGCAACUAAAUAUUAAUAAAUUUUAGAUGGCAAAUAUGGUAUUGUGAAAGUGAUAGGAAAGGGAGAGUUUGGAGAAGUCUAUCUGGCUGAAAACAUCUAAACUGUAAUUCUUAAAUAAAUGACUCUAGAAAUCACAAGUAGCAAUUAAGUAAGCAUUAAAAUCAGAAUUGGAAAAAGUCAAAAAAAGAUAAGAAUUAUUCUAAACUGAAAAAAGAAUUAUGCAAACAAUAAAGAAUGAAAAUGUGAUUAGCUUAAUAGAUCAUAUAGAAACAAAAGAUAAACAUUAUUUAGUUAUGGAAUAUUGUAAUGGAGGAGAUCUGGAUUCCUAUAUUAAAUUACUUAGAGAGAAGAAUAAAUAACCACUUUCUGAAAGAUAAGCAAAGGAGUUUUUAAAAUAAUUACUUAAUGGUUUUAAAGGCUUAUAAGAUAUGUUUGUUAUACAUCGUGAUCUCAAACUAAAAAACAUAUUAGUUCAUGAUGAAACCAUUAAGAUUGCAGACUUUGGACUUAGUAAAGUUGGUGAAGUAGGUUUUACUUAAGUAGGUACACCAUAUACUAAAGCUCCUGAAGUAUUUAAAGGCAGAGGCAAAAUAAGAUAUGAUAAUAAGGCAGAUAUUUGGUCAUUGGGAAUUAUUUUUUAUUAGAUGUUAUUUGAUUUAUAAUAUCCAUUUGUGGGAUAGAAUGAGAAAGAUUUAUUUGAUAAUAUAGAAAAGGCUAAGGACUUAAAUUUCACUCCAGCUAAAACAAAUGUUAGGAUUAGUGAAGAUGCUAAGAGAUUACUAAGAAGGAUGUUAACAAAGGAUCCAAAUUUAAGAAUUACUUGGGAACAAUUAUAUUAAGAUCCUUAUUUAGAAUUUGGAUAAUAAAAGGAUUUAGGAACUUUUGAUUAAUUUUAUUAGAAUAUAAUGAGUAAAUUUUAAAUGAUUAGAGAAUUAUAAUUAAAAAUUUAAGAAACUUUGGGUAAUAGUGAGAGUUUGAGAAAAGAUUAUAAAGUGAUUAAGAAUUUAAAUUAAUAUUAUGUUUAAUUUAUGCUUGCAAAGAGGAUAAUUAUAUUAUCAAGGAAGUUGGAAUAAUUGAUAUAAGAAUUAAAAAAUUAAUAAAAAUAAUAAAGUAAAUCAUUAUAAGAAAUAGGCAAAGAAGUAUUUAUAUAUUAAUUUAUAAUAGACAGAAGAAAAUUAUUAUGUUUAUUAAUUAUAUUAUGAAAAUACUAAAUUCAAUUUAGAAUCUUUUAUUAAUAGAAGAAAAAAAGAAUAUAAAGAAUAUGAUGAAAAAGUACUUAAUGAAAUUUAGAAUGCUAAAUGUAUUAAUUACAUAUAUAUAUAAUAUAGAAAUGGAUUGGUCAUAUUAUACAAAUAUUGUAUUGAAUUAUUUUUAUUGUUUAUCCAAUUAAGCUGAAAUAAUGGAAGGUUAAAAUGAAACUAAAGCACUUUAAUUUUAUGAUCAUAUGAUUGAUGUUUUAAAGUGUUUAGAAAAUGAUGCAGCUUUUGAGGGAGAUAAAUUAAAAUUCAAAUCACAAUCAGUAUAAUUUUAUAUAUUCUAAAUAUAGAAUGAUGAAUUUGAAUCUAAAUAGAAUAAUGGGCCUAUGAUGGGAGAAUUUACUAAAGAGUAAUAUAUUUAAAUUUAGAAAAUGAAUGUAAAAGAAUUAUUUCAAAUCAUGUUAUCUGAUAUAUGA